AUAGCAUCAGAAAGAGUUAUUUAUUUCAAAAUGGUUGGAUUAUGGUCUAUGAUUCAAGAAAUUGAUCAAAGUAGAACCACUUGGGCCAUUAAGGCCAGAGCAACGAGGGUGUAUCGGGAACCCGCCCAUGAUGGAUUUCCUCCAUCUUUAGAAAUUAUAUUUCAUGAUGAAGAGGCGUCAAGAAUUCAUGGACACAUCCCUGAUCAAUUCAUUGGCAAGUUUAUAAACCUGUUUCGCGAGGGUCGGAUUUAUGUUGUGAAAAACUUUAUGGUUGAGAAAAUUUUCAUGUUUUUCAAAACAACGACGAGCGCAUACAGGCUUCGUUUCUUUAAGAAAAGUGAAGCCUUCGAAAUCCAAAUCCCAUUCCCUUCGAGGACUUUUAAUUUAGUGACCUUUGUUGGCUUACAAGCAGCGGAAACUAUUGACGACAAAGUUGCAGUCGAUAUUAUUGGACAGGUCAUCCACCAUAAAGAUCCAAAGACAAUUCUGAAGAAUGACCGCCCAAAAAAGCUGAUUGAGCUAAUCUUAGGGGAUACUGAGGGGAAUGUAAUUGGCUGCACGCUCUGGGGACCGAUGGUUGAAAUGUUGUUAACUUAUAAGUUAACCACGGCUGAACCCAUUGUCAUGCUUCUUCAAUGCUGUCGAGCAAAGAAAUAUCAGGGUCAAGUUCACGUAUCCAACAUGUUCAACAUAACUAAGGUUAUUCUAAACGGGGUUGAGGAUGAGUUUAACGACUUCAGAUCAAGGAUGGCUGAUAGGUGCGGUGAGGGUCUGAGUUUCAUGAUUUCUUCUGAUACUUCGAACGAGGGUGACAUUAGCACCGGCUAGAUUCAACUGUUGACAAUUGAUCAACUCACGCAGAUGGAAGAGGAGGGUAAGCAUUGGGUCUAUGGAGAAAUAGCAGGAAUAGACAGUCACAAGGAUUGGUCCUAGGUUUCAUGCAUAGGAUGCAACCGUAAGGUGACCCCAAAUGGUGACACUUUUCACUGCUUAUCUUGCAAUUCUUCAGAUGUUGUUCUGAGGUAUAGAGUGAACGUAAGGGUUGUCGAUAAAACAUCGCAUGCGUCCUUUCUUCUCUGGGACAGAGAGGUUUCUUGCUUGAUAGGACGGUCAGCUUCAUCCCUUAAAGAACAAAUGUCAAAGAGGAACUUCGGGUCACAUUACUUCCCCGCGGAGAUCAAUGGGUUAAUGGACAUUAGGGCUCUGUUUCGCGUUCAAAUAAAGAAAGACAGUAGAAACUUCAAGGGUAAUCAGAAUUUCAGUGUCCUUAGGAAGAAUACAGACCCUAAGGUGAUUUCCCUUUAUGUUCCUGAUUCAAGUGCAGAAGAGGAGGAUGAUGAGUUCACUAUGUUGAGGAAAGAGUUUUAUGUGGGCGAAAAGGUUGCUUCUGCCCAACAGGUUAACUCAAAGAGCCCUUUACUGAACAAAGACAAAAGAAUUGCGCUUGAGGUUGAUGCAGACAAGGUGAAGAGGGAUCUUUUUGGAGAAUUUUCAUCCACGGUGUCAAAGAAAAGGAUGAAGGGCAUAAAGAUUGAGGAACCUAAAUGUUCCAAAAAUAACAAGGGUUUUUUAUUACCUAUUUAAAUAAAACGUAUGGUAAUGUACUAUCCUAACCCUGCGUUAUGGAGAUAAAUCUUAGAAGACUAGAAGCUGCAGUAUCCUAAGUCAGUGUCUUUUAAGUGUUUUGGAUUUUGAUUUUUGUUAUUGGUUCGCACAUUUAUACCUAAAGUGUGCUCUCCAUGUAACCUAAGCACUACAAUAUGAAUAUAUGGG